GCAAGACUUAUCAAUCAGCUGUUAAACGUCGAAAUGCUAAAAUGGGUUAGGUAGGUUUAAUUUUAGAAAAAAUACUUCAAUGGAAGUGCAGGAUUCCUUAAAUAUACUGGCUUCCUAGUAACGGCAAGCUUUCAAUUAUGAGAUCCAUUUUAGUGAUAUUUCUUGCGUGACAUAAUUUUAAUAGAAAUGUAUUGAGAUGAAUACUUAUUAAACAUAUAAACAGUUCCAUUUCUUAUGUAUCUUCCUGUACAAUCGUGACAAUGAGUUCUACUCCACAACCACCGCCGCCGCCGCCGCCGCUACCGUUAAUCCCAGAUUCGCCAAAAACUCCGCCACCAUACAUCUCUCCUUACACCAACCAAGAUGUUUGUAAGUGGGAGACAAAAUAUCAAGAUUUAUGGGAAGCCUGCGCGAAGUACAAGCUCUGUCUCUAUGAGCCUCCUUAUAAAUACAAAUACAAGCAAUUUGAGCCUAUUAUGCAAGUAGGACCCACUUGCGGUCUUGUUGCUCUAUCCAUGUUGGUUAAUGGAGAAGUUUCACCGGAUGAAAUACUAAACAUAUCAAAGCUGGAAGGAUAUACCAGCAAUGGAGAGAUGUUCAGUUGCAAGAACAUGGUAAAAUUGGCCGAGAAGGUGCUGAGUUUAGCAGAAAUUGAAAAUGUUAGUUUUAAUUUGAAGACUGGAGGCCUGUUUAGUGAGGAUAUUAUUGAGAAAUUAUUGAACGGCGCUGUACUGUUAGUUCCUUAUGAUGCAGACUGCAACCACUCUCCCUGUCAACGGCACGGCCAUACCGCUCAUUGGGCCCUCAUCUGUGGAGUUCUUCUAAUCAACAACUCUGCAGAUGCACACAAAUCUGACCCCAGUAAUGUUUAUGUCUUCUCAAGACAUGGUAAAUCCAGAUAUGUUGCUGCGUGGAGACUGGAUCAAUUAGAACUCAGCAAUAAGAAUUUACAACAGUUUUCACCAAAAAAAGAAGGAGAUGGGCUAAUGUAUGUGUUGCCAGAUGGUGGAAUAGGGGGACAAAAUGGACUACGGGACCAGUUUUUGGUAUUUGAGGGUUUACAAUGAACUAAACGAGACUGGAAAUAACUAGAUUUAAUAUGGUUCAACUUCAACUUUAUGGUUAUAUGGCAACCGGUAAUAUGGUUCUAUGUUGAAUAAUAUGAUAAUACCAAAGGGUAUUCUUUCUCUGUCUUAAUGAUUCUGAUUGUCCAAAAAAGUAAGAUGAUUCUGUGCUUCAGAGGGCAUAUUAAGCAGUUGGUCCCGGCUAUUGGCUGUAAAAACGGCUCCACCUACCUGCAGUGGAGCAGCAUGAUGGAGUUUGCUCCAUACCUCCUCCAGUUAAUUAAGGGGAGGCCUGUACCCAGUGUCAUUAAUCAUUAUGUUAUGUUUUUGUGAUAAAUGUUGCUGCAUAAUGAUUAGUUCACAGUUUCUUAAUCAAUGUAUCUUAUACAAUGUUAGUAUUUCUAAUAAUUAAUAAGCACAAUAUCUACUUUGAGCUCUCAGAUCAAUAAUUGGGUAAGAUCCUAAAUGUUAACAUUAGUAAUGUUCAUUGUCCAAAAUGUUGAACAAAACUGAAUUCUCGCUUGGUACUAUUUUAUAUAAAUGUUCACUGUUCUUAUUAUUAUACUAUUUUAUUAAACAGAUUUUAUGAAUUGUUAGUAUGUAAGAGAAGUGAUAAAUAAAAUAAGUGUUCAUUUUAA